AUGGCAAUAUCCCCUUACAGCACGUCAAACCUCUCCUUUCCGGUGGUUCUCGUCAAAAUGAGGCUACCAUUGGUCAUGGUCCUCGGCUUGGUGUUCGUCAAGUGCACACAAGCCCAACAGGCUUUAUUCAUCGAGACGCCAACAAUGUCAGCGUGUCAGAUAUCCCAGAUCAACUGGGGCGGAGGAACAGCGCCAUAUUCCGUCACAUACACUGUUGACGGAACAUCGUGGACUCUCAUCGGCGCACCAACCACCAAGCUCACGUGGCCCAUGGUUGUGCAAAUAGCGCCUGGAGCUCAGGUCAUGCUGGUCGUGCAUGACCAGACGGGAGCGACCGCCCAAUCUAGUCCUGUUACAGUUGGGCAAGGCGACACCACUUGCCAAUCAUCAUGGCUUGCGCCUGCUGAUAUCACGGUAACGCACGCUUCAAGCACUGUGGUAUCCGUCUCCGACUCAGCAGCUCAAGUAGUUGCCUCGACAGUUGCGGCGUCCUCCGGAUCCCACGUCUCGUCUGCACCAAGCGAUGGGUCAUCGACUUCGAGAGCUGUUCCCUCGUCAGGCGAGAUCACAAUCGGUGCGUCUGGUGCGUCGGGCACCACCGCAUUGCCAACGGGAACAUCCUCGUCGGUGGUCAGGGUGGGCUCAACUGGAUCGCCUCUCCAGGACUCCGCUCAUGCAACAUCCGCUCAUGCAACAGACACGUCACACUCGUCUUUGGAAUUGGGUACAGCACGCCCUGCUACUGCAACGACCACGGACAGUACCGGUUCUGGAGCAGAUUCGACACCAGCAUCAAAGUCAAAGUCCAAUGCGGGUGCAAUCGCAGGAGGUGUUGUUGGCGGUCUCGCCUUCAUUGCACUACUGCUCCUCGCGCUCCUGCUAUUCCACCGACGGCGUCAAAAGCGCGGCCGCUCGGCCGCCUGGGGUGCUGGCCGUGAAAAGGCUCUCGAUCAAGGACCGGACAGGAAUGAAGAAAAUGCCGCAGGCAGAGCCACACAGUAUGAGCACCACCGCCACUCCGACUCCUGGUCCGGUGUGCCAGCAGCUGACCGAGUAUCCAAGCCACUUUUGGGCUCGCCUUUCCUCGCGCCAGCAUCGCCCACCAACCCAUCACGGUCGUCCCAGUCCCAGUCCCAGUCAUCUCAAUCGCCCAUGCCAAGCUCGCCGAUGGCUUUGAGCUCGCCGAGGCACACGUUCAUGUCCACGUCGUCCUCGGUGCCACCCAGCUUGGAUGCUACGACACCAAUCACCGCAGACACGAACAGCGCAUCGCUCAUCAGUCUUUUCCCUGCGCCACCACCUGGUGGCCCGAUAUCGUCCACACACUCUAGUCCCCUUAUGACCCAGGCCGACCGGGCUUCCAUGCCUUCUACAGUGCCAUCUUCUCCACCGAGGCAAUGGGGCAACGCCUCUGGCCCAUGGCCAACUCAGGGCUUAGGCGAGUUUGGCGAGAUGGAUGAUAAACAGCCGUCCUCAUCAGUUGGCUAUGGCCCCAGGCCACCACCACGAAAGUCGCCACGAGCACAACAAACCGCAUUGCUUCCAACAAUGAGCCCGCUGUAA